AUGCAGACGCCAUUGACUGAUGAGGAGCGUAAAGCAAAGGAAGCUCGCCUGCGUGAGCUGCGCUCCGAACUGGAAGGGAGGGGUCACCCUUCAACUGCUUCAGCAGGAGCCCAACAACAUGAACAGCAGGAAGACGUUCCCGGGUAUGAUGAGGGCUCCGAGUGUAGCAAUGAUUCUGACGAAGACUUUUUUACGGGAGCUGAAAAUGCGGCUGGAGUGUGUAUGUUUGCUGAACCGAUGGAGGAGCCAUUGGGCCACACAUUAGAAACUAGUCCAUGCGUGAGACGGGGCAUAGUGGGAGAUUUCGAGUUGUUGCGUUUGGCCAAGAUGGGGGACCUUGUUUCCUUCAGGGAGUUUGCUGCUCUUACCUCCGCCGAUCCCACCACUUUCAGGGACAACCACGGAAGGAACGCGAUGCAUUACGCUGCGGACAGUGGAAAUAUUGCAUUGCUUCAGCACCUCAUUGAUAGCAAUGUUCCCUUCACAACGGACGAAAAGAAAAUGACCCCAGUGGACAUUGCGACACUGAAUCAGUACAAUGACGUCGUGAAGCUUUUGGCUGAGACGUUUCCCCAGGCAGCGGAUCUUGUUAAAAGCUAUGAAGAGGUACUUGAGUUGUUUGCCGUCCCGCCACCUCGGUUCACGAUGACAAAGCCAGCCCCACCUAUUGAGGAAAACUCCAGGCCGCGAGCAUUUUGGAAAGCGGAGCGUACCGCCUCAGCCACGGCUAGUGCUGAUAUUACCGUCUCUCAGCUGACGGAUGCCCACCACAGUUUGAUCCUCCGCGGGUUGAGUGGGUUGGAGCUUGCGCAGGAGGGGCAUGGUUUCCAUAGUUGGCUUCCCCCUGCUGAGCCAGCAGUUACUGCAGCUGUUCUCCCGCGUGCAAAAGUAGUUGGCGCCUUACGGAAGCCGAAUAACGGUGACGGAAAAGAGGAGGACAUUUCUGGUUUGGUCAUGGCUGUGCCUUUAGGUGGUUCCGUCGCACUCAAGAGUGGUGGUGCUCGUAUUGAGAACCCCUUUUUGAUAACGCAGUUGGCGCUUCACCCGGCUCUGAGAGGCGCCAACCGUACGCCGCUGCUUCUGGAGGAGAUGCACAAACUUCUGCUGAGCAGUGGGGCAACAACUGCCGUAUUCCGCAGUUACCUUCAGCUCCCCAUUCCGGCCGUUGGUUUGGUGAAGUGGUCGAGAAGGUCUAUAGCACCCGGCCACGUCUUCAAGAGGCGGUAUGCUACGGAAGUUUUUCCCGACUUUUUCCAGUACGAUGACGUACUCCGUGCAGAUAUUAUCACUAAAAAUGCACUUACUAAAUCUUUUUGUGAUAAUGCCGGUCGUUGUGCCAGAUGGGAACUCGUUGAUCGUAAGAACACCGAGCAGUUACACCAUCUGCACAGCUUUAUCACCUCUCAGGCGGAAACUUUGUUUGAUGUGGCUUACCUCACCCAGUCCGUAGAUGACCUCCUCACGUCCAUUGUGGGGGAAGGUUUGUCUUCGUUUGUACACAGACCGUCAACAGGCGGUGGGAUUACAGAUGUUGUCGUAUUGCGGCUGCGCCCAGGAGGAGCGGGGAAAGGCGAGUCUCAAGAAUUGAACCCGCUGGCCGCUGUUUGUGUGUACGCCAUGUUCAGCUCCCUCAAAGGGCCUGCGAAGGCGGAGGAAGUGCUGGCGCUCGCCUAUAGUCUAAAGGCCGAAACCGUUUUCAUCCCGAAUAUGUUUGGGUUUCUGGACAGUGAUCUCAGCAAAGCAAUGUUCGAGGAACUGCUGCAUCUCCGCGAGUAUUUGUAUAUGCCGCGAGCCGUCACAGAUGCCGCUGUGCGGGCAACGGCGAUGUCGAAGGUAGCUAUUCCAUGCUUCUUCAUUUAG